UUUUGAUUUUUAAACUUGUGUGAAAUGAUGAACUUUUGAUCAGGCAUUCUAGACGGACACCUGUAAAUGUUGUUAUGGUCCUACCGGAAGCGGUUUGAAGAGGCUGCUGGUGGAUGUGUGGAGACAAAUCGGACCCAUGACGGUGGUGAUCGGUUUUGAGGGCAGUGCCAAUAAGAUCGGCAUUGGCAUUGUAAGGGAUGGCGAAGUGUUGUCAAACCCUCGGCGUACCUACAUCACUCCUCCUGGCCAAGGUUUCCUCCCGAGAGAAACAGCCAAACACCAUCGUGGUGUUAUUCUAACCGUCCUCCGAGAAGCACUAGAUGAAGCUGGGUUGAAACCUGCAGAUAUUGACUGUGUAGCUUACACUAAAGGGCCGGGGAUGGGGGCUCCUCUGCUCACCGUGGCGCUCGUGGCCAGGACAGUGGCUCAGCUUUGGGGAAAACCGUUAGUGGGAGUGAAUCACUGCAUCGGGCACAUCGAAAUGGGACGACUGAUCACGGGCGCUAACAACCCCACCGUCCUGUACGUCAGCGGGGGUAACACUCAGGUGAUCGCUUACUCUGAAAGACGAUACAGAAUUUUUGGGGAAACAAUAGACAUCGCUGUGGGGAACUGCUUGGAUCGCUUUGCUCGAGUCAUCAAGAUAUCAAAUGACCCUAGUCCUGGUUAUAACAUCGAACAGAUGGCAAAGAAGGGAAAGCAGUAUAUAGAGCUUCCCUACACGGUGAAGGGGAUGGACGUGUCUUUCUCUGGGAUAUUAUCCUACAUUGAGGAUAUGGCCCACAAGAUGCUGAACUCUGGCCAGUGUACAGCAGAAGACCUGUGCUUUUCCCUUCAGGAGACGCUCUUCUCGAUGCUGGUGGAGAUCACGGAACGCGCCAUGGCUCACUGUGAAUCUCAGGAGGUCCUAAUCGUGGGAGGAGUCGGCUGUAACCUGCGUCUGCAGGAGAUGAUGGGCGUCAUGUGUGAGGAGAGAGGAGCUCGUCUCUUCGCCACAGACGAGAGGUUCUGCAUCGAUAACGGAGCGAUGAUCGCACAAGCAGGCUGGGAGAUGUUCCGCGUGGGCCAGGUGACGCAGCUGUCUGACUCCUGGAUCACACAAAGGUACAGGACAGAUGAAGUAGAAGUCACUUGGAGAGACUGAACCAUAAAUCUAUUUAGAAUUUUUUUUUUAAAGGUCAAAAAUAAAGAUUAUUAAUGAUAUCUGAA